UCCUUCCUCGCUUCCUUCCUUCUUUGAUUCCUUGCUUCAUUCCUUCCUUGCUUCCUACUUCAUUCCUUCGCUUCCUCCCUUCCUAGCUUCCUUCCUUCCUCACUCCCCUCCUUUUUUUAUUGCUCCUUCCAUGCUUCCCUCCUCGCUUCCUUCCUUCCCCCUUCCUUGCUUCCUCGCAUUCUUGCAUCCUUCCUUCCUUCCUCGCUUCCUUCUUUCCAUCCUUGCUUCCUUCCUUCCUUUCUUGCAUCCUCCCUUCCUCGCUUCCUCCCUUCCUUGCUUCCUCACUUCCUUCCUUCUUCGCUUCCUCGCAUCCUUCCUUCCUCGCUUCGUUCCUUCCUUGUUUCCUUCCUUCCUUGCUUCCUCGCUUACUUCCUUCCUUCCUUCCUUGCUUCCUCGCUUACUUCCUUCCUCGCAUCCUUCCUUCCUUGCUUCCUCCUUUCCUUGCUUCCUCCCUUCCUUGCUUCCUCGCUUCCUUCCUUCCCGGCUUCCUUCCUUCCUUGCUUCUUUCCUUCCUCGCUUCCUACCUUCCUUUCUUCCUCGGCUUUUUUUUUAUCUUGCUUCCUUCCUUCUUUGCUUCCUUCCUUCCUCGCAUCUUUCCUUUCUCGCUUGCUUCCCACCUUGCUUCCUCGCUUCCUUUCUUCCUCGCUUCAUUCCUUCCUCGCUUCCUCGCCUCUCUCUUUCAUCGCUUCCUUCCUUCCCUCCUUGCGUCCUCGCUUCCUUCCUUCCUCGCCUCUUCUUUUCUUGCUUCCUUCCGUCCUCGCAUCUUUCCUUCCUCGCUUCCUUCCUACCUUGCUUCCUCGCUUCCUUCCUUCCUUGCUUCCUCGCUUCCUUCCGUAUCCGCAUCUUUCCUUCCUCGCUUCCUUCCUACCUUGCUUCCUCGCUUCCUUCCUUCCUUGCUUCCUCGCUUCCUUCCUUCCUGGCUUCCCUCUUUCCUUCCAUGCUUUUUUCCUUCCUCGCUCCCUUUCCUCCUUCUUUGUUUCCUCGCUUUCUUCAUAAAUUUCUUCCUCACUUCCUUUCCUCCUUCCUUCCUUGCUUCAUUCCUUCCUUCCAUGCUUCCUCGCUUCCUUCCUUCGUCGAUUCCUUCCUUCCUCACUUCCCUCCUUUAUUCCUUGCUUCCUUCCUUCCUCGCUUCCUUUUUUCCUCCUUCCUUGCAUCCUCGAUUCCUUCGUUUUUUCCUCGCGUCCUUCCUUUUUUGCUUCAUUCCUUCCUUGCUUCCUCGCUUCCUCCCUCGCUUCCUUCUCUCCUCCUUCCUUGCUUUCUUCUUUCCUUGCUUCCUCGAUUCCUUCCUUCCUAACUUGCAUCCUCCCUUCCUUGCUUCCUCUCUUCCUCACUUCCUUCUUUCCUCCUUCCUUGCUUCCUCGUUUCCUUCAUUCUUUCCUCGCAUUGUUCUUUUGUCGCUUCAUUCCUUCAUUGCAUCCUUCACUCCUUGCUUCCUUGCUUUCUCGCCUUCUUCCUUCUUUCUUUACUUACUACCUUCCUUGCUUUUUUCCUUCCUUCCUUUCUUGCGUCUUUGCUUGCUUCCUUCCUUCCUUGAUUUAUCGUUUCCUUCCUUCUUUGCUUCCUGGCUUCCUUUCUUCCUCAUUCCCUUCCUUGCUUCCUUCCUUACUUUCUCAGUUCCUUCCUUCCUUGCUUCCUCGCAUCGUUCCUUCCUUGUUCCCUCGCUUCCGUCCUUUCAUUCUUCCUCAGUUCCUUCCUUCCUUGCUUCCUCGCUUUCUUCCCUCCUUGCUUUCUCGUUUCCUUGCUUCCUUCCUUUCUUCUUUGCUUCCUCGUGUCCUUCCUUCCUCGCAAUCUUUCCUUCCUCACUUCCUAUCUUGCUUCCUCGCUUCCUUCCUUCAUCGCUUCAUUCCUUCCUUGCUUCCUCGCUUCCUUCUUUCCUCAUUUCCCUCUUUCCUUUCCUUGCUUUUUUCCUUCCUCGCUCCCUUCUUUUCCCCUUCUUUGCUUCCUCGCUUCCUUCACAAAUUUUUUCCUCACUUCCUUCCUUUCUUCCUUCCUUCCUUGCUUCAUUCCCUCCUUCCAUGCUUCCUCGCGUCCUUCCUUGCUUCCUCGCUUUCUUCCUUGCUUCCUCGCUUCCUUCUUUCCUUGCUUCCUCGCUUCCUUCCUUCGUCACUUCCCUCCUUCCUUGCUUUCAUCCUUCCUCGCUUCCUUCUUUCCUCAUUCCUUGCUUCCUCGCUUCUUUCGUUUUUUUCCUCGCGUCCUUCCUUUCUCGCUCCAUUCCUUUCUUGCAUCUCUUGCUUCCAUCUUUCCUUCUUCCUUGCUUCCUCGCUUCCUUCUUUCCUUGCUUCAUCGCUUCCUUCCUUCCUCACUUCCCUCCUUCUUUCCUUGCUUCCUUCCUUCCUCACUUCCUCCUUUCCUCCUUCCUUGUUUCCUCGUUUCCUUCAUUCUUUCCUCGUGUCCUUCAUUUCUCGCUUCUUUUUUUCCUUGCUUUCUUCCCUCCUUGCUUCCUAGCAUUCUCGCCUUCUUCCUUCCUUCCUUCCUUACUUCCUUGCUUUUUUCCUUCCUUUCCUUGCGUAUUUGCUUGCUUCCUUCCUUCCUUGCUUCCUCGUUUCCUUCCUUCUUUGCUUCCUGGCUUCCUUUCUUCCUCGCUUCCUUACUUCCUAGCUUCCCUGCUUAAUUCUUUACUCGCAUCGUUCCUUCCUUGCUCCCUCGGUUCCUUCCUUCCUUUCUUCCUCAGUUGCUUCCUUGCUUACUUCCUCGCUUUCUUCCCUCCUCGCUUUCUCGUUUCCUUGCUUCCUUCCUUCUUUACUUCAUUGCUUCAUUGCUUCUUUCCUUCCCUCCUUCCUUCCUUUUUUCCUUCCUUGCUUACUUUUAUUACUCCCACCUUCACUUCUUCGAUUUACUUCCACCAUUCCUUCUUUACUUGCUUGCUAACUCAAUUACUUACUUCUAUGCAUGUUUACUUCCUCACGUCCUUGCUUGCUUUCUUGAUUAUUCACAUUCCUUCAUAUGGCAGUGGAAAGACAAAUUUUGAUGAAAACCAGCAAACGAACAAAAGAACGAGGAAAGAACGCACGGAUGGACAGAAGAACAGCCGAAAAAACAAUGAAUGAACAAACGGACGGAUAGGCGACCAAAAGAACGCAUGAAGGAAAGAUAGAAGAAAACAAUUUACAAAAGAUCGAACCCACGCACGCAAGAACGUAGUUACAAACGAACGCACGAAUGAACGCACGCACGAACGAACACACAAACGAACGCAAAAAGAACGAACAGACGAGCGCACGCAUGAAUGGACGGUUGAACGAAAGAACGCACGGACGAACGGACGGCUAGACGGACGAACCCACGAACGAAAGGGCAGUCAGACGAAAGCAAGCACAAACGGACGGUCAGACGAACGCAUGGGAUGCACGCACGAACGAACGAAUGGACGGUCGGACGAACGCUGCCACGAACGCAUGAUUGGGCGAUGCACGCACGAAUGAUCAAUCGGUCGGAUGAACGCACGCAUGAACGAACGUACCUUCGGACGAACGCACGCACGAACGAAUGGUCGGUUGAAUGCACGCACGAAUGAACGGUCGGACAAAGAAACCAAUAAAAUAUAUGUGUCCUCAGAAGUAAAAUCCUUGGAAUAGUUAAUUAUGUAGAAUGUACAUUUAACUCCGAAAUAUACAAAGUUUAUUUACAUAUAAAAAUUUGAUCAUGCCGCUGACAGAUGGAAUAGACUGCCUGAAGUUGAAGAAGAAAUAUUUGUGAUGUUGCCAUAGAAUGAUAUGUUAUGUGAUUGUCAUUAAUACGUUAUUUGCACAUUCGUGUACGUUCAUAUAAAGAAGCUCACUAUAUUCAUGGAAUAAUGAUGAAGCUUUCCUCGUGAUCGAAGCGGGUAGUCGUGAAAUUUGCUCGUGUUUUCAGCGGGGUCUCCUCAUGUUUUCA